AUGCACGAGCAUGCACGGGCACGCACAGGCAUGUACGGGAACGCUAAGGAACGCACGGGCAUGCACGGGCGUGCACGGGCACGCACGGGAACGCACGGGCACACACGGGCAUGCACGGGCACGCACGGGAACGCAAGGCACACACGGGCACACACGGGCAUGCACGGGAACGCACGGGCACACACGGGCAUGCACGGGCACGGCCCAAAGUCUCAGGUUUCAGGGUUCAGGGGCCAAAGUCUCAAGGUUCAGGGCCCAAAGUCUCCGGUUUCAAGGCCCAAAGUCUCAGGUUACAGGGCCAAAAGUCUAAGGGUUCAGGGGCCAAAGUGUCAGGUUUCAGGGCCCAAAGUCUCUGGUUUCAAAGCCCAAAGUCUCAGGGUUCAGGGCCCGAAGUCUCAGGGUUCAGGGUUCAGGGGCCAAAGUCUCAAGGUUCAGGGGCCAAAGUCUCCGGUUUCAAGGCCCAAAGUCUCAGGUUACAGGGCCCAAAGUCUCCGGUUUCAGGGCCCAAAGUCUCAGGUUUCAGGGUUCAGGGGCCAAAGUCUCAAGGUUCAGGGCCCAAAGUCUCCGGUUUCAAGGCCCAAAGUCUCAGGUUACAGGGCCCAAAGUCUAAGGGUUCAGGGGCCAAAGUGUCAGGUUUCAGGGCCCAAAGUCUCCGGUUUCAAAGCCCAAAGUCUCAGGGUUCAGGGCCCGAAGUCUCAGGGUUCAGGGGCCACAGUCUCAGGGUUCAGGGCCCAAAGUCUCAGGUUUCAAGGCCCAAAGUCUCAGGUUUCAGGGCCCAAAGUCUCAGGUUUCAGGGUUCAGGGGCCAAAGUCUCAAGGUUCAGGGGCCAAAGUCUCCGGUUUCAAGGCCCAAAGUCUCAGGUUACAGGGCCCAAAGUCUCAAGGUUCAGGGCCCAAAGUCUCCGGUUUCAAGGCCCAAAGUCUCAGGUUACAGGGCCCAAAGUCUAAGGGUUCAGGGGCCAAAGUCUCCGGUUUCAAGGCCCAAAGUCUCCGGUUUCAAAGCCCAAAGUCUCAGGGUUCAGGGCCCAAAGUCUCAGGGUUCAGGGGCCACAGUCUCAGGGUUCAGGGGCCAAAGUCUCAGGUUUCAAGGCCCAAAGUCUCAGGUUUCAGGGCCCAAAGUCUCAGGUUUCAGGGUUCAGGGGCCACAGUCUCAGGGUUCAGGGCCCAAAGUCUCCGGUUUCAAAGCCCAAAGUCUCAGGGUUCAGGGCCCAAAGUCUCAGGGUUCAGGGGCCACAGUCUCAGGGUUCAGGGCCCAAAGUCUCCGGUUUCAAAGCCCAAAGUCUCAGGGUUCAGGGCCCAAAGUCUCAGGGUUCAGGGGCCACAGUCUCAGGGUUCAGGGCCCAAAGUCUCAGGGUUCAGGGCCCAAAGUCUCAGGGUUCCGGGCCCAAAGUCUCAGGUUUCAGGGCCCAAAGUCUCAGGGUUUAGGGGCCAAAGUCUCAGGGCUAAGGUUCAGGGGCCACAGUCUCAGGUUACAGGGCCCAAAGUCUGA